AUGACAACUCGACAACUCGAAAGCCCAAGCCCCUCUCAAGGCUGGAAGUGUCCUGAUUGCGGACUUCCCGGCGUUCGCCUCUCCACAAACCCAGAUGGUUCCAGUGCUGCCCCCAGUCGCGCAUACUACAAGUGCGUUCCAUGCAAUCGCGCUCUGGGCCUUUGCCCCUGCACCACACCCGGUGCCCGAACUACGUCAACGUGCCCCUGUGGCGACUCCGAUGCAGAGUCACCGGGUCUGGAGGAAGCCCCCAAGGGUGUUUCUCUCGUUCAACCCUCCAGGAAGGGAUCGCUCAACCCGCACAACCCUGACCCGGGCUUCGACCAGGACUGGGAGGCAAAUUGCAGCCCAGGCUACAUGGUGUCCCGAUUCCCAGCUACAGGCAUGGAGCUGCUUCCCUGGGGUUGA